AUGGGUAUCGGUGCGGGUACCUCGGGAAUCGGUGACACCGCGCGGCCCGUCCGGAGCAGACAAGAGGCGCGGGCGGAAGUGCCGUGUUACGUGGCCGUACCUGGAAGUGGAGCGAGUGGUGGCACCGGUGGUCAUGCGUGGCGGCACUGGGAUCGUGGUGAUGAAGCUGAGACCCAGCAGAGGGUCCGCAUCGUGGUGGACUACUGUGAGCCCUGUGGCUUUGAGCCCACGUACCAGGAGUUGGCGAGCGCUGUGAAGGAGUACCUCGAGAUCGAGUCCAGGCCAAGGGGCAUGGGUGCUUUUGAGAUCGAGAUCAAUGGGCAGCUGGUCUUCUCCAAGCUGGAGAAUGGAGGUUUUCCCUAUGAGAAGGAUGUGAGUACAAGGCCCCCUGGGGAGGUUCAUUUACCCUCUGAGCUUCUCUGGGAGUGACUUUUUUCCCUCAACAUCUCCAUUUCACACCCCUCACCUGUGUCUGAGCACCAGCACAGCCUCACACUCCCCUCUUCCUCCUAAAUCCCAUGAGCUGGUGGGGAGUUCCUGGACUUGCAGCCAUGAUGUGGCCAUGAUUCAGGCCUGUGGUUCUGCUUGGAGGAGAUUCCUGGAGCUGUGGCUGUGAUUUAUGCCCAUAACUGGCUGCCCUGGCUUGGAUGGACAGACUUUGCGUCAGAGUGAGGAGCACUGGCUGAUGGCUGGGCCCAGA